AUGGUGCAUCCUCAAGUCAUCCUCGUAACAUUUCCCGCGCAAGGCCAUAUCAAUCCUUCCCUCCAAUUCGCCAAGCGUCUCCUUCUCUUGGGAGCACGUGUCACCUUCGUCACCACCGUCUUUGCCCACCGUUGCAUCACCAAGACCCCUACUCCUGACGGAUUGUCCUUCGCCACCUUCUCUGACGGCUACGACGACGGGGUUCCACCCGAUUUUGACAUGGACCACUACACGUCCGAGCUCAAGCGCUGCGGCUCCGAAGCUCUUACCGAUCUUAUUCUUUCCACCGCAAACGACGGCCGAUGUUUCACGUGCUUAGUUUGCACAACAUUCAUCCCCUGGGCCGCCGACGUUGCUCGUGAAUUUCACCUUCCAUCAACGCUUCUUUGGAUUCAACCUGCCACGGUUUUCAACAUAUACUACUACUACUUCAAUGGUUACGGUGAUGUCAUCAGGAACAACAACAAUGACCCCUCAUGCUCAAUAAAAUUACCGGGGCUGCCAUUGCUCGCUAGCCGUGACCUUCCGUCCUUUUUGCUUGCUCCAAAUAUGUAUGCUUUGACAGUCCCAGCAUUGCAAGAGCAAUUUGAAGCACUUGAAAGGCAAGACAAUCCCAGAAUACUAGUGAAUACUUUCGAUGCAUUAGAGGCCGAGACCUUAAGAGCGAUCAAAGGAUAUAAUUUGAUUGCAGUUGGACCGUUGAUUCCAUCUGCUUUUUUGGAUGGAAGAGAUCCAUCCGACACUUCUUUUGGGGGGGAUCUUUUCCAAACCUCCAAGGACUACAUCGAAUGGCUCAACUCCAAGCCCAAAUCAUCCGUUAUUUACGUGUCGUUUGGGAGCUUGACGGUGUUAACAAAGCAACAAAAGGAGGAGAUUGCAAGCGCAUUAUUGGAAUCCGGCCGCCCCUUCUUGUGGGUCAUAAGAGCUAAGGAAAAUGAAGAAGAGAAGGAAGAAGAUAAAUUGAGCUAUAAGGAGGAAUUGGAAGAAAAGGGAAUGAUCGUGUCGUGGUGUUCUCAGGUGGAGGUUUUGUCGCACCCCUCGUUGGGAUGCUUUGUGACGCAUUGUGGGUGGAAUUCAACUUUGGAGAGUUUGGUUUCUGAGGUGCCUGUCGUGGCGUUUCCCCAGUGGUCGGAUCAAGGGACAAAUGCAAAGCUGAUCGAAGACGUGUGGAAGACGGGAGUGAGGGUGACUGCAAAUGAGGAUGGAAUUGUUGAAGCUGAUGAGAUCAAGAGGUGCUUGGAAUUGGUUAUUGGAGUUGGAGAUCGGAAAGGGGAAGAAAUGAGAAGGAAUGCUAAGAAAUGGAAGGAUUUGGCUAGGAAGGCUUCCAAGGAAGGUGGCUCUUCCUAUGAGAAUCUUAAAUCUUUUGUGGAUGAGAUUGGAGAAGGACUGAAAACAUUUGCUUAA